AUGUUGUCAUCGACAGUGAACGACAUUGCUGAAUGUGUUGGACAUGACAGUGCUGUGGUUGUUAAUGAUUUCAAAGUCCCAUUGACCGAACAAACCUUGAAGAAGGCAGCAGUGGUGAUUUUUACAUUCAAACAGUUUAAUGAGGUAAUAGUCAGCAACUUCAUUCAGUAUCGAUACUCGUCCAAAAACACUGUCUGGCAUUUUAUGGCUAAACUUAUCAUCAUCGUACCGAAAGGACAUUCACAAAGAGACACAUUGACGCGAGCUAUUGAAGUGUGUGUAAUUGUUGGUUUUCAUAAUGUUGUCGUCAUUCAAGAAUCUAAAGGUGGAGACAUUCAAGUCAGUUUGUAUGCAAACUUAAUAAGUCAUGAGCUGACUGUGCUGACUCAACCAAAAGCAUCAGACAUCUUUCCAAACAAACUUAAAGACAUGAAAGGUUUCGCAUAUAAAGUUUCAGUCUUUCAACAAAGACCUCGACUUGUGAUCAUCAAUGGCUCUAUAAGGAACUAUUUGACGUACUUUAUGUCAGCUGUUAAUAAUGCUCAAAAUUCAACCACAAAGUAUAUUUUUGUUAAGAACCAAAAGGAUAUUGUUGAUCAGAUUUCAUAUCGUGAAAUGGACCUGACAUUCAACACUCCAAUUCACACAAGAAAUCCAGAACCUCCUUUGCUUACUUACGAAGAGAAUGGCUUCUGUGCAUUAAUUCCAGUGCCACCUAAAAUUCCAAUGAUUCAGUCAAUGUUCAUCGAGCCUUUUGAUGGUCUUACUUGGUUGUUCCUGGCUCUCACUAUAGCUUGCUCAGUUGCUGUGUUUUGGAUGUUUCGUGGUCGCGGUGCUGUCGAUUCUCCUUGGCUUCUUGGUUAUGGCAUGUUUGUCAUGUUCAUCGGUCAAGGUGUCGAUUUCAGUCGCAAAAAUCGCUUAGUGCUGACUAUUCUUCUGCAGUUGAUCAUUGUGAUGGUUUGGAUACUCUGUAAUGCGUACGAAGGUGUCAUCACAUCCUUCAUGAUCCAACCAAUUCAAGAAAACCGACUAAAGACAUUUGAUGACUUAGCAGCUUCUGAUCACAAGAUCAUGACUGAUGGCGUUUUUGCAUCAAAAAUAUCCGAAUCUGAAGCAUAUAAAGUGCUUAAACCAAGGAUGAACACAUCAGCUGCUAGACUUGGUGCACAGUUCUCAAUUGAGCUGACUAAGAAAAACUACGUGUUUAUCCUGACUUGUGAUCAAGCCGAGAUCCUGAAUAUUGGAUAUCUUCCGCAUGCAUCGAGGAAAGUUUCUUAUUUUUACUAUUUGAUGCCUCAUAAAUUUAUCCCGUUCCUAAUCGAGCUUCAAGCUGGCUACAGUAAUCCAUUUAUUGAGAGACUUCAGUAUUAUAUGGACUUGUCAUAUCAAGCUGGUCUGAUGCAAAUUUGGAAGAUUUAUGAGCAUAAUCCAUAUAAGCUUGAAAUAAAUAGAGAAGGUCAUAUGGAACCAACCCUACUUGGACUUGAAGACUUGUCACAAGUAUUUACCAUCCUUAUUAUUAGUUAUGUGCUGUCUAUUGUUCUGUUUUUAUUUGAGAUCUUCUUUCAUGACAUCUUAGUGCAGUUUAGACUGUCUCAUCUUGCACGGAAGUUAAAGAAUCGAGUACAUCAGCUAGCAUACAGGAAGAGAAAGCAGGCAAGGCAUCCAAAGUAUCAAAAAGGUGCACUUUACUACAUCAUUCAUAGACGCAAGAGAGUCAAGCGAUUGAAGCCAAAGAAGUUGAAAGUUCGAAGGGUUUAUGUCGAGCCUAGAUUCCCUAUGGAUUAA